AAAUUUGAAGUACGAUCUCAUAAAACUUACUGAUAUUCAUAAAUAGUAGUAUCAAUUUUAUUGUUUAAAUAACAUUUUCAUGCAAUAUAAAAAUUGGCAUUACAGUGAAUUAAUUUAGUAUCUACAUUUUAUUAUAAUUUAGUAUUCCUUAUGUGUGGUGAAAAAACGCAGUAAAGUAAAAAGUUAUGCGAAUUAAUUAAUAAACUUACAUGAAUAUAAUUUGUUUCCUGUCGCGUAACCGUAUUUUAAGUGUAAGUUAAAAAAACUGUGAUAAAAAACGUUAAAUAAAAAACUCAGUAUUGAUUGAGGUUCGUUGUUGCUUUUAGAUAAAUAAAUACAACAUGGAUAUUCUUCGUCAAUUUCAAAGUAUACCGUGGUGCAAACCAGACUGGUGCUAUCCAAGUAUGGGUAAAGAGAUGAAUGAUUUACUCAAACAGUGCAUUGAUUUGCCUCAAAUAAAAGUAAAUGAUGAUGUUGAUCAAAUAAUACAGAAAAGCCAGGCAUUUCCUAUACCAUUCCCCGUAAAUAGAACCAGAUUAGAACCAUUGAGGGAGAGAAAACCACUUGAGAGACUAAAAAGAAACAUUGUGUCAACAUAUCCAAUAAUUCAUGAACGAGUUCUGUUAUUGAUAACUCAUUUUCUUAUCUAUAAGAGGGAAUUUGGAUCUUCUAUAGAAAAAACAUUGUAUUGUAAUAUGACAGUGCCUGAGUUUAUUGAUCGACUGUUGAAAAAGCGCGCCGUUACAUUUAUGACUAAAAAGGACACUUAUAAACUGUUGACGGGAGAGACUGGAAAUGGAGGUUGGGAACAAGUAGGUACACUGCAACAAAAGCCACCGCUAGAGUUAGAAAACUGUUUGAGUUAUGAUGAGAUUAAAUUAAGCGCAAUGGUCUAUGUGAGUGGAUACACUGAGUGUAUUAAUGAUGGAAAUCGUUACAAUCAGGCAAUUAUUAAUGAGAAAAAUGUUGAAGAGGAUGCUAUAAUUAUUGGUCUCAUAGGACCUCGAUUCGAUCGACCAGAAAGAAUGGAGUAUGAAGAUAUAUUAAUAACUGAACAACAGAAUACAUCAGAAAAUGGAUAUGGUGAAGAGGUCACACCGACGACUUGUCUCAACGUACUUAAAACAACAUAUGUGAAAAACAACCAGUCAGCUAAACAUAUGUGGAGGCAGAUUUGGUCGGAGUUUUAUCAGGUUCACAGCUACACCUACCAGGAGCUGACCUCCUACGUCAAUAUUACAGAUAAACCCGAAGAUAAAAAAUAUCUUGAACGAUAUGUUAAGACAUCUCGGGGUAUUUUUGACAAUGAGGUAUACUACAAGCGGGUCAGUGUGUUAGCCGAGAGCUCCUUGUUGGAGGCCGAAGGGAGAGGUCGAGACGCGGAUCGUAUGGCAUUUUUAAAUGUUAUUGGAUGUGGUCUAGGCGUUUGGAAGAUGAGCCCGCACCAGAAUGACGUUUAUAUUUUGACAUUUUUGGAGCGAAUACGUGCAUUUUUGAAGAAGGAUUUACUGAAUCACGUUUCAGAUGUGAAUUUUUCAUACAUUAAACCUAGUAAACCGAUAUUAGAUCUAUUCAGUAACAAGUCGUCCCCGGGCGACUCACCAACAGAGAAACGCAUAUUCUUUGAAUGCAAGCGGCAUCCAAGCGGCGGCAUAAAUGUACAAUUAGAAAAGCGCGAGCCAUCUGCCAAGUUGAAAGGCGAACACGAGGGCAAACUGCUGGUUAUGACUUACCCUUGGGAUGGGAAUGCUCAUCCUGGGAAUGAAUUCUGGUUAGGCAACUUACAAGGGUCAGGCGACCCUGCUGCAGCGUGCUCAACCCAAAUAGCAGAAUUACACAAUGCUCACAUAAAUCCCGCGGUGUCAGGCCUUAACACACGUGUAGUUGGCAGGCAUGGCUUGAAAACGUUAUCAGAAUAUUGUGCAGACUUAACUGCAACAAAAUAGCAGUUGUUUCGCUAAAAUCACAUAUUGCGGAGUUUUGGCUUAUCACAGUAAUUUUACGUUUUAACAGUUUUAAAGGUUAUAUAGCAAUACAUAAUAAAUUUAUUUGUUUUGAUAUACGAGAAAUAUUUGCGAGUUAAUGAUUAUCUAACGGAUGUUGUGUAGUAAAUUAUUUGUUAUAUUUUUACGUAUAACUUAAGAUCGUAUCGUCUAUUAUUAUUUACAUUUAAUGAUGUAAUGAAGUUACUAGUACUAUUUAACUAAAUAGAUUGUUGAUUAGAUUAGCUGCAUUUUUUUUUAAUUUUAGGUCGCAAAUAUAUUUCGCGAUGUUAACAUUUUUUUUCAUUCUAAUAUGUCUAGGUUUGGUCAUAGAGAAUUUAUUUACAUUGACAUGCCUCUGCUCAGUAGUAUCAGGAUGUUAAUAAAAUUGAAAGACGCUUUGACAGCGGAAUGUGACGGUGAUCUAUUCCUGUCUAUGAAUUAUCAACGACAAUCUUUUCUACAAUUUUCUUUUUUUUAUUGUGUUAUUAAUAUGAAUACUAUAGAUAAUUUGCAUAUUAAUUAUAAAAUAAGCCUAAAUUGCCUAUCACUUGUAGUGAUUAUUCGCACUAAAGCAAGCGCACAUUGUAUCAAUUGACGAAAGACUGAUUAAUGUAUGAACGUGGCUUAGGUAUGUAAUGGAAAAAAUAAACUUAUUAAUCAUAUUUUAGGAUAUGAAAUUUUAGAAGCAAGCAAAAUUCAUAGACAAAUUUUAUUACAACCAGAUGAAUUCUACAGAACUUUGUAUUGCUAUCAGCAUACUUAAGGAAUAUGAAUGAGUUAAUGUUAAUGAGUCUAAAAACUCUUUAUUUAUGAUUGCCUUAUAAUUAAAUUCACCUUACCAUAAAUAGCAUAAUACUCAUUUAACAAUAAACAAUGUGCCAAUGUGUUAUUCUAAUAAAUAAAACGAAAUAAGUUUUUAUGGAAUCUGUAUCUUGCCUAUAUUUAUUUAGUUCCCCAUACUAUAGAAAUAUGGUUUUCUCUAAAUCAAUAGUAAUAAAUAGUUGUUAUUUUGUGGAAAAUGAAUUAGGUUUUUAAUAGGUAGUUUGUAACUAUUUAUUCUACUAAAUAAGCUGUUCGGUACUAAAGAUUUGAGACACGAUCGAUAGCUUUGAAAUCACUUCGAUCCGUUUUCAUGCCGAUAUUGAUGGAGCAUUUAAAAAAAAAACAUCUUGCUAUUAAUACUUUUUUAUAAAUUGUUAGUACCGAUUAGUAGUAGUAGCUACUUUAUUAUAAUAAAUAGAACUUGGUAGUCUAGUAAACGGCCUAUCAGACAUAUAAUCUGUACAAUAAACGCUGUUACAAAAUGUUAAGUUUAAGUAAAUAUAUGCUGCUGUUUUAUAAUA